CAAUACUUGCAUGAAACUUUAUUUAUGUCACGUUUCAAGGCCUACAUAGUUAUACUGACGCGUUGAAGAGACUUUGCGCGUUGACUUGCCCCCUGCUUCUGGCAAACCGCCCUGUGGUGAUUCCAUUCUUGCUUUUAUCCUUGAAUUAGCACUUAGAAAGACAGUCUGCUCUUUGGCUUGAGCGUAGUGGGCCAGCAUGCAAGCCGUGGGGCCAGGGAGCACGCUAGCGUUUGGGCGGACACCAGUUGUGCGACCUGCGGCUAGGCGGGACCUCACAAAGGAUGAGAGCGAGGCGGUCUUGUUUGCGUUUGAAACCCUGGACGCGGAGCGCACGGGGUCUGUCAGCCGGAAGCAGCUCAAGGUGGCGCUGAGGGCGCUCGGCUUUGGCGUAAAGAAGGCGGACGUGGCGGACCUGCUGGCACGGCACGGAGAGGAGAGCACGCAACAACUGGACUUCCAGACGUUCCGGCGGGUGGUUGCGGACAUGCUGUGUCAGCGCACGCCGCUGGACGAGCACCGGCGCGCCUUCCAGCUUUUCGACGUGCUGGGGCAGGGUGCCAUUGACUUUGUGACGCUAAAGCGAGUGGCCAAGAGCCUCAACCUGGACAUCCCAGAUGAGGAACUGCAGGACAUGAUCCACGAGUUCGGCAAGGACGGCCUCAUCACGGAGCAGGACUGGCUCGCCAUCAUGAGCGCUGACUGAUGCGCCGUUUACACUCGCACCCCCGUGGCGGGUGGCACACACACCCCGCGCCAGCCGGCUUCCAAUCAUGAUUCAUGACUCGUUCGGGCAGGCGGCAACAAACCUACGGGCAAUCUCACGACUAGGACGUUUGCACCGUACGGUGCAUUCAUUAUGCACGCCAACCUGACACGCUCACUGGAGUUGACGGGGUCAAUGCGCGCUCAAUGAUGAAAUGUAGACUUCAGUAUCAUUCAACCCGACAAGGACAAGAACAGUGCGCUUGCCCUUCGGCAUAAACAUCACGUAGUCGUUGUGAUGACUUCAUAUACUGUUGCAGUGUGGUAGUGCUUCAAUGCGCAUGCAUGGGAUAGAUACCGUAGUGUACACAUGAUGCAUAGUGACGCUGCUGUGCGAAGCCAGCGGCGUCUAUGGCGGCAAAGGUGCCGUCAACAGAGCGGGCGGCAGUGCUGCCAUCCCCCGGUGUCGCCUGUAACAGCCCGCUGAU